AUGGAUCCCAAUUUCGCCUUCGGCGCCGCUUACGGCAUCUUUCUUGCAAUAGCGGUGAUGUCCGUCGCGCGAUUCUUGGACGAAAGGAUCAGCGUGGAGCAAGCAGUGACGAAACGCCUGAAGACUACGCAGGAACAGAUGGAGAGGCUCGAAAAGGCUAUCAUGGACACUAAGCUCAGUCUUGCUCGGGUCGAGGGAAAAGUGGACGGGAAGCUCUCUUUGCUGCCCGUACCCAGCUAA